GUUGCACUGGAUCUUAUGGUUUAAGUGCGAGGAACAUGAUAUUUAACAAAGAAAGUUUAUAUAUGGCCAUGUCACCUAAAACCCGUGAAGUUACCAAAGCAAGAGAUUUCAUCUGGAAGAUAACUAAUACUUUCAUAGAAGAACAUAUACAUUCAUUUGAUCCGAGUAAUGUACGAGAUUAUAUAGAUGUUUAUCUCUAUAAACGAAAUGAACUUCUUAAGAGUGGUAAACUGAAUGAAACCUCUUUCUCAAUGGAAAGACUGCAAGGCAACUGCUUAAAUAUCUUCUUCGAAGGCAUAGAAUCUGUAAGCAUCGCUGCCACGGGUUUGUUAACAGAGCUAAGCAAGCAUCUGGAUGUUCAAAGAAAAGUCCAAAAAGAAGUAGAUAACAUAAUAGGAAGAGACCGACUACCCUCGUGGACGGAUCGACAAAACUUACCAUAUCUUGAUGCCACUAUGUACGAGUUAUAUAGAGUAGCAUCACCUUUUCUUAUUUCCACACAGCUUUCGAACUUCGAGGAAACCACUAUCAAAGGUUACAGAAUUCCCCGUCGCAGCAGCAUUAUAGCAAAUUUUUGGACGUUAAAUAUUGAUCCUGAAGUUUAUCCGGAACCGGAAAAGUUCAACCCUGGGAGAUUCUUAAGCGCUGAAGGCAAAAGAAUCAAAUCUGACACACCACAUGCUUUCGGAAUAGGAAAGCGGGCGUGCAUUGGAGAAUCUUUAGCACAGUUAGAAAUUUUUCUCAUCUGUGCAUCACUUCUUCAAAAUUUUGAGCUGCACCCAGGAGACAGUGACAAGACUUUGAAACUUCUACCGAGAUAACAGCAUUUACACCGAAGUCUGAAUUAGCAAGAAGAAUGGAGCUGAAUGAAGAAACCAUUCUGAGCAAAAUUGAUGGUUUACAAUAAAAUCAUUAUUAUUCAAAAUAAA